AUUCGGACCCAAGUCCCUUUUUUCAUUGGGAUUCUGCGAUUCAUUGUGGUUUGGUAUCAUCAUCUUGAACUAUUAAGCUUUUCGUUUCGCGUAUAUUGCGUCGUUCCAAGACAUUUAGUACGAGGCAACAUUGUAGAUUCCGCCCUUCAUAGAUCGGCUUUCGGUGCAACUUUGAACUUCCGUGUUUCGGUUUUCAUCCAAUUCUUCGCUCGCUGUUGCGGUGAUAUCGUCCGCGGGGCUUCAGGCGCGUUCAGAGAUUGAUAAUUAGACUCUCUUCUAAUAUAAGAUCUUUCUAUUCUAUGCCCCUAUUGUGCAGUUAUCUUUUAAUCUUUCCAUCCUAAGUAUCGAACAUCUCAGCUUUAUCAAGCUCGACUUCCUUCAGCUCAUUUCAUCUUCCACGACAUCAAGACAUCAGUGUACGAACAGGAUUAAUCUUACGUGUGCGAUUAGCUACCUCGUCAGUCAUGUCGGCUGCGCUCAGCCUUCCUGGUCGUAUCGACAAGCGGCCAUCAGAACCAGAUGUAUCAAAUGGAGGAACAAACAGAACAACAGCCGAAUCCAGCACAACCGACAGCAUAGAACUCAACGAGAAAGAUGCAGAUCAACAGCAUGAUCGGGAGAUCUUAAACCUGGCGCGACGGUUCACCACCAGGUCUGAGUACGAUCACCACCAGUCACCCUUUACCGCAGAGAAAGGUAGUCAUUUGGAUCCAAACAGCGGCCACUUCUCAGCAAAGGCAUGGGCAAGGGCAUUCUACAAUGCCAGAUACAGUUCCGAUCAUCAAAUUGCUCGCAAAGCUGGUGUCGCCUUCCGAAAUCUCAAUGUCUGGGGCAUGGGCUCGCCAACCGAUUUCCAAACCAGUGCUGGCAACGCAAUACUGAAAUUUCCAGCACUCUUCGGCAGGGGUCAGUCGAAGAUUGAUAUCUUGCAGAACCUCGACGGCCUCCUGCUACCUGGAGAACAACUUUGUGUACUCGGCCCUCCUGGAUCGGGUUGCUCUACCCUUCUCAAAACCAUCGCUGGUGAAACCCACGGGUUCAAAGUCAGCCCGGAUUCCUAUCUGAACUAUCAUGGUAUCACGCCGGAAAAUAUGAACUCAGCCUUCCGUGGUGAAGCUAUCUACACCGCUGAGGUUGAUGCUCACUUUCCACAGUUGUCCGUUGGAACUGCGUUGAAAUUCGCUGCUCUAGCACGGACGCCUCAAGUUAUCCCGGGAGGUGUCAGUCGCCAUGAAUACGCAGAGCAUCUUAGAGAUGUGAUCAUGGCAAUGUUUGGCAUUAGCCACACAAUCAAUACACGCGUAGGAAACGACCUUGUCCGUGGUGUAUCUGGUGGUGAACGAAAGAGAGUGACGAUCGCUGAAGCAGCGCUCAGCCAUGCUGCUGUGCAAUGCUGGGACAAUAGCACGAGAGGUCUUGACUCGGCGAACGCUGUGGAAUUUUGCAAAACACUUCGCACACAGUGUGACGUAUUUUCUGCGUGUGCAGUCGUCGCCAUUUAUCAGGCACCUCAAGCAGCAUAUGAUUUAUUCGACAAAGUCACAGUGCUGUAUGAAGGACGUCAGAUCUUUUUCGGAAAAGCAGAUGCCGCGCGAGCUUAUUUCGAGCGUCUAGGCUUCGAAUGCCCAACUUCCCAGACUACGCCUGACUUCCUCACGUCGAUGACCUCACCAAGUGAGCGAGUAGUCAAGCCUGGAUUCGAGAACCUGGCCCCAAGAACCUCCGAUGACUUUGCUCGCCACUGGAACGAGAGCCCCGAAAGGAAGGAACUAUUAAGGCAACUCGAAGAUUACGAUCGUGAGAAUCCUCUUAACGGAGAGGGCCAAGACAAGUUUGCCGAGUCAAGACGGCUGGAGAAAUCCAAAAUUCAGCGCGAAAAGUCGCCUUUCACUCUUUCAUACUGGGGUCAGGUCAAGCUAUGUAUGUGGCGGGAAGUGCAACGUCUACGAAAUGAUCCUAGUGUAACACUCACAAUGCUUUUCGUGAACUUUGUCGAGGCUUUGAUUAUUGCUAGUAUCUUCUUCAAUCUACCGGACAAUACAUCAUCCUUUUUCAAGAGAGGAGCUGUCCUAUUCAUGAUGGUCCUCCUCAACGGUUUCGGUUCUAUGAUGGAAAUUAUGUCUUUAUACGAGAAGAGAACUAUAGUCGAGAAGCACAACCGAUAUGCUUUGUACCAUCCCAGCGCCGAAGCACUUGCUUCAAUGAUCGUUGAUUUGCCUUACAAAAUCACCAACGCCUUCGUCGUCAACUCAACCUUGUAUUUCAUGUCAAAUCUCCGACGCGAAGCUGGGCCAUUCUUCUUCUUCAUGCUGAUAUCCUUCACAAUGACACUCUCCAUGAGCAUGUUCUUCCGAUUCUUUGCAUCCAUUACGAAGACCAUCGAGCAGGCACUUGCACCAAGUGGAAUCAUUCUUCUCGGUCUCGUCCUUUACACCGGGUUUGCCAUUCCAAUUCCAUACAUGCGUGGCUGGGCGUCAUGGAUGCGAUGGAUCAAUCCCAUUGCAUAUGGGUUCGAGAGCGUGGUAGUGAACGAAUUCGAAGGGCGUGAUUUCCCAUGCACUGCUUUCGUACCUUCUGGUGGUCCUUACGAUAAUGUCGCUCCUGAUCAGAGAGCAUGCGCCGUUCCUGGAGCUGUGCCAGGCCUCAACAGUGUCAAUGGCCCUACCUAUGUCCGGACAGCCUACCAAUACGAAUGGUCGCAUCGCUGGCGAAACUUCGGAAUCAUCGUUGCAUUCGUCAUCGUUCUGUGCGCUCUGCAUCUAAUCAUGACAGAACUCGUCGCCUCGCAGAGAUCCAAGGGCGAAGUCUUGGUGUUCCGACGUGGUAAGAUGCAGCGAGCGAAGGCGAAGCGUCAGAAUGCAGAUGAAGAAACAGGAGGCGGCCCAGUCGUUGAGGCAGAGAAGCAUGAUGGAAGCAGUGGUUCAGGGUUCCAAGUCGAAAAGCAAAGCUCGAUAUUCCACUGGGAGAACGUCUGUUACGAAGUCAAGAUCAAGGGCGAACCGCGCACUAUUCUUGAUCAUGUCGAUGGCUGGGUCAAACCUGGCACAUUGACUGCCUUGAUGGGUGUCUCUGGUGCCGGCAAAACCACUUUACUCGAUGUGCUUGCGAGCAGAACCACAAUGGGUGUUAUCACUGGUAAUAUGUUUGUUGAUGGGCGAGAACUCGACGAUUCUUUUCAACGACAGACAGGAUAUUGCAUGCAACAGGAUAUACAUCUUUCUACCUCGACUGUGCGCGAGGCUUUGGAGUUCAGUGCAAUCUUGCGACAACCGCCAGAAUACUCCCACCAAGAAAAGCUCGCAUACGUUGAUCAAGUCAUCAGCCUGCUGAACAUGGAAGAGUACGCCGACGCUGUCGUUGGUAUCCCUGGCUCUGGUCUAAAUGUUGAACAGCGUAAACGUCUCACAAUCGGCGUGGAACUUGCAGCACGCCCGAAACUGCUCCUGUUUCUCGAUGAACCUACCUCUGGACUCGACAGUCAGACCUCAUGGUCUAUCUGCGACUUGAUGGAGAAGCUCACACGUAACGGCCAAGCCAUUCUCUGUACGAUCCAUCAACCGUCUGCAAUGCUCUUCCAACGGUUUGACCGGUUAUUGCUCCUUGCCAAAGGUGGACGAACCGUCUACUUCGGCGAGAUCGGACGUGAUUCCCAGAUUCUUAUGGACUACUUCGUGAGGAACGGAGGACCUGCCUGCCCAGAUGGUGCAAACCCCGCCGAACACAUGUUGAAUGUUAUCGGCGCGGCCCCCGGAGCGCACACUGACAUCGACUGGCCCACCGUAUGGCGAAGCAGCAAUGAAUAUCAAUCAGUUCAGACCGAGCUUGGCCGCCUUCGAAAUUUGGCGAAUCAACCUUCCCCUGUUGCUGAUUCGGAUGCCUCCAAGUACCAGGAAUUUGCCGCGCCGUUCUUGACCCAGCUUACCGCUGUGGGAAUGCGUGUCUUCCAGCAAUACUGGAGAACGCCUUCUUACAUCUAUUCCAGACUUCUUUUGUGUGUUGGAUCAUCGAUCUUCAUCGGCUUUUCGUUCUUCGACGGCACUAAUACGCAGCAAGGACUCCAGAAUCAGAUGUUUGGCGUCUUCAUUUUCCUUUUCGUUACCAUUCAGAUGCUUUACCAAGUCCUACCUAUGUUCACAGUCCAGAGAAGCCAGUACGAAGCAAGGGAGAGGCAAUCCAAGACCUACGCCUGGCCAACCUUCGUCCUGUCGAACAUCUUCGUCGAGAUGGUUCUCAACACAUUCGUCACCGUCCUCUGCUUCUUCGUCUGGUACUACCCCAUCGGCCUAUGGCGCAACGCGGAGCCCACCGACGCAGUCGCCAUCCGCGGCUUCCUCACCUUCAUGAUCCUCUGGGCCACCUUCCUCUUCGCUUCCACCCUCGCCCACAUGCUGAUCGCGGGAGCCCCUGGCGAGGAAAUCGCUUCCGCCUUCGCCACCCUCCUCGGCAUCAUGCUCUACGCCUUCUGCGGUAUCCUCGCCGGCCCCAACGACCUCCCUGGCUUCUGGAUCUUCAUGUACCGCGUGAACCCCUACACCUACCUCGUCUCCAGCCUUCUCUCCACCACCCUCGGCCGCGCCCCCGCUCACUGCGCCGACAACGAGUUCCAGCGCUUCUUCCCGCCGAGCGGUCAGUCGUGCGGAGAGUACUUGCAGCCGUACAUGGACGUCGCGGGAGGAUACCUCCGGGACGGACAAACCGCGAACGGUACCGAGGAGUGCCAUUUCUGCCAGAUUGAUAACACGGAUAUGUUCUUGGAUCGCAUCCAUGCGAAUUUCGAGAACAGGUGGAGGGACUUUGGGUUGCUGUGGGUGUAUGUUGCGUUCAACAUCGCGGGGGCUAUGUUCCUCUACUGGUUGGUGCGUGUGCCGAAGGGGAAGAAGAGGAGUAAGGCGUAGACUUGGAGGUGGUGUGUGUGGAGGAUUGUUCGGGGAGAAAGGAAGGUUGUAUCGUUUCCCGGUUGAUUCUAAUUAGACACGGGUGGAUGUCUCUAGAUCUUCUUGUUAUUUCUUUCUUGUCAGCAUUGCAUUGGGGGUAGACAUUCAUUGUCUCAUCACUAUUAGACAUCUUUUCAUUGCGUC